AAGAGUAAAAGAAAAAUGGAUUGAAGUUUUCUCUUUUCUUUAACAGACCAGCUUUUCCUGUUAAUCCUGAGGACUAACUUAUCUCUGAAUGUUUACUGUUGGAAUCAGGGUCAAAAUUAUCUUUGUGUUUUCAUGGGAAAAGUCCAAAAGGAGAACAGGAAAUGACCUCAUUUACAACAACCAAAAGGUUGAACAUUGAUUUGUCUUUAUGACAGAGUUUAAACUUGAAGAGCACAAACCAAAGAGGCUGUUAGUCUUCAAAGACGAUCGCUUGAAGAUGAGUGCUGCUCAGAGUUCCUCCCCGGAGGAGUCUAAACUGGAGGCCCUGGAGUGUCACUUCACAUGGGAUCUGAAUGCCAGCAGGUCCAAGCUCUGCUUCCUCAGGGACUCGCUGGAGGACAUCGGCGCAGAGGGAGGGUCCAGCUGGCUGGGUCACAUCUACAACCUGCAGGGGUUUGUUCAUUACCAGCUGGGCUGUGAGGAAGAGGCCUUGAGAUUCUUAUCCAGGGCCACCGAGGCCUUCCGCCAAAUGAGGAACGCUGUGUCAGAUGAUGGUCCCUGGUUGGUGGUGAAUUACAGCAACCUGGCCUACCUGCACUACCUUCUGGGUGAUCAGUCAAAAAGCCGGGAUUACCUCAGUAAGGUGGACAGUCUGCUGAAUGCACAGGAGGAGCUCCAUCCGGAAAUCUGUGCAGAAAAGGCCUGGACCCUGAUGCAGUUUGACAAAAGGCAAUUGGCAACAGAAUACUUCCACAGAGCUGUCAGGAUGCAGCCAGACAUGGUGGAGUGGCAGACCGGCCGUGUUCUAGGAUUAGUUGAAGACUAUAAAUAUAGGAUGAAGAGUCUGGGAGAUGACAUUUUGGAGAAAAUGAAAAUCGCCAAAGAACAUGACCCAGACAACUUGCACCUUGCAGCUCUGUACCUGCAGGCCCGUGCUGCAAGAGGCCAACAGAUUGAAGACGAAGCACGGGCACUGGCCAGAAGAAUCUUGAGGAAGCCAGUCAGCAGCUACGGCGGCUUUGAGCCUCUACUGAGACUGUUCAGGAAGUACGUAUGCAUGGAUGAGGCCAUUGAUUUAGCAGAAGAGGCUCUGCAAAGACACCCUGAGUCACGAUACAUGAAGAGGUGUGCAGCAAUCUGCUACAAGAGGAGAAUGUUUGCCCAGAAAAGCCCCCACGAUCCCAAGAUUCUCGACAGAGGGAUCAGUCUGUGCGAGGAUGUAGUUGCUCUUUACCCCGAGUCGUCUCUGAAAAUGCAAAUAUCACUUGCGGAAAUCUAUGCAAAGUUUAACCAAGAAAAAGCUGAUGAGAUCUUCAGGGAGCUGCUAGAAAAGGAUCUGGAUCCCAAAGGCACACAAAUGCUUUUCAACAUCUAUGCAUCACACUUGUUCUACAUCAAAAAGCAAGAGGAAGAGUCAAUACAUUACCUUAAGAAAGCAGCAAUGAUACCAACCACUACAUAUUUUGGUCAGAAGAGCAUCGCCCAGCUGGGAAAGAUUGCAGAAAAACGACGGCACCCAAAGUCCCAUGAAAUACAAGAGUUUCUGCAAAGUCUCCAUGGUAAUGGCUUCUGAGUCAUGGUUUCUGAGUCAUUGUUUCUAAAUGGUUUAUGGGUCAUGUUUCAAGACUCAGGGGUGCACUGGCAAUGUUAGGUUGGAGUUGUGAGGGGCUGUAAGCCAGUAAGAGAGUGUACACAAAGAGCUCUCAGCAACGUGGCGAGGUGGAGUGGGUUUCGAUAUCAACUCCUGCCACUCUACAGAAACUAUGUCUGAGAAACCGGCACAUUUUGGGUUUUUUUUCUCUGUAAAAAAA